AGAUGUCCCGUCAUAAGCAUGCCGGAGAUCCGGAGGCACGCCAGCCGCUUCUCACGGGACAUCGCCUGGACCCAAGGGAGCUGGACUCGGAUGAAGGUGAAGUCAUUUUUGACAGAACAUCAGAAGCUGGUGGGCACGUACUGCAGAAACUGACGUAUGAGGAAGCAGUGGAAAGAGCAGGUUUUGGUUUGUUCCAUUGGCUGCUGCUGGUGGUUUGUGGUUGGGCCAAUGCCAGCGAUGCUGUGGAGAUUCUUUGUGUUUCUUUUCUGCUGCCAACGCUACGCUGUGAUCUCCAGCUGAGCUCUUCAGACAUGGGCCUGCUGACAGCAAGCGUUUUCCUCGGAAUGAUGGUGGGUGGCUACAUGUGGGGUUACUUGGCUGACCAGAAGGGGCGUCGCAGGGUUUUGAUUGUGUCUCUGACAGUCAAUGGGCUGUUUGGGGGUCUGGCUAGCUUGGCUCCAUGGUUCUGGCUCUUCCUGUUGAUGCGGUUCAUCAGUGGCAUUGGGGUCGGUGGGUCAAUUCCUGUCAUUUUCUCCUACUUCUCAGAGUUUAUGCCCCGGCUGAGGAGAGGUGCGAUGAUCAGUUGUCUGGCCACCUUUUGGAUGGCAGGAAACAUCCUGGCUGCAGGUCUGGCCUGGCUGGUGAUCCCCAGAACCUGGGUACAUUUGUCUCUGGGAACACUGGACUUCAAGAGCUGGAGGGUGUUUGUGGUGCUGUGCUCCGUUCCCAGCAUCACGUCGGCACUCAUUUUCAAGCUGUUCAUGCCUGAAAGCCCCAAGUUCCUCAUGGAGGCUGCCCGUGAGAAAGAAGCAAUCCAUGUUUUCAGACUGAUGUUUAAGCUGAACAUGAAAGGAAAAGAAAAGGCUCUUCCGGAAUUUGGUUUGCGUACAAGUUCUACCCAAAAAAGUGACAAAGACAAGACCAGAAGCUUGGGUUCAAGUAAAGAACGUCUUGCAAAUAUUUUGAAAAAGGCUUUGGCACCCAUUAAAAAGAUAUUUCAGAGCCCUUUCAAAUCCAGGAGUAUCCCUCUUCUCAUCAUUUUCUACUCAAUAUCUUUUGGUUACUACGGGCUGUGGAUGUGGUUUCCUGAGCUGUUUGAGAGAACCGAAGACGGCGGCUCGCCCUGCGCAAAUGUGUCCCGCCCGUCUGCAAUGCUCAAUGAAACCUGUGACACGGUCAAGACAGCAGUAUAUACGGAUGGCUUCAUCAUAGCCGCGGCAAACCUGCCGGGUAACAUCUUCACUAUUCUUGUGAUGGACAGCACCGGAGGAAAGGCUCUGCUUUCUGGCAGCCUGUUGUUGUCCAGUCUGAGUGUCUUCUUCAUCUAUAUGGUUCAGACCAAAGCUCAGAGUCUGAUCCUGUCCUGCGUCUUCAGCGGGGUGUCCGUGAUCGCCUGGAAUGCGCUGGAUGUCGUAGGAACUGAGCUCUACCCGACAAAGCUACGGUCCUCUGCUCUUGGUUUCUUCACAGGCGUGGGCCGAGUGGCAGCGAUCAUGGGUAACUUGGUCUUUGGAAGGUUGGUGGAUGCAAACUGUGCUGUCCCCAUCCUGCUGGUGUCAGCCCUGCUGCUCACUGGAGGACUGGUGGGUCUUCUACUUCCACAAACCAGGAAGACAGAGCUCACGUGAACACUUGCGUUGUUUUAAAUGGAUUCAGCUUCCUCUUAACAUCCUCACAGAUGGGUAGAACGACUUGAAGCUCUGUAAUCUCUGUAUUUUCUGGUUGAAUCCUGUGCCUUCUGUCAUCUUUUUCUAUGGUGCCUAAUUUAAAAAUUCCACUGCUAAGACAAAUUGUUAAACAACAGUCGCCUCUCUCUGCCUUCCAAGAAUUACUGUUUUGGAAAGCUGAGAAAGAAGUGCCAGUGUGUUAUUAAAAUCCUGGACACCUGUAAAAAAGUUUGUAUGUAAAUGACAAAACCCUAUAUUCAAAGUGAGAAAAUGGGGCCUUAUUAUCUGGUUUACUGAAGAGUGAUGGAUUGACUGUAGGUCUUGUGUUUUUCCUUUCCUGUCAUGUUUAAGAAACUAGUUUUGUAUAGUGAGUACACUGUGCUCAUAAAGGGGUGAACGUGGACAGCAACAAUACUCAGGUACUCUCUGUCAUAUAAAUGAUGCUCAGUUGGUACUAAGGGGCCCAAAGUGUGCCAAGAAAAUAUCCCUCACAUGUUUGCACCAUCACCACCAUCCCAAACUGUUGAUACAAUGCAGGAUGGAUCCAUGCUUUCAUGUCGUUUACACUAAAUUCUGACCCUACCAGCCAGAUGUUGCAGCAGAUAUUGAGACUCAUCAGGUCAGCCAACACUUCUGUUUUCUAAUUUUGAUGAACCUAUUUUGAUAUAGCCUCAGCCUCCUGUUCUUAUCCGACAGGAAAAUCAAUUAAAACAGCUGCCUGUCCAGAUGUUCAGUUUGAACUUAAGUAGGUCGUCUUGACCGUGUCUACAUGCCGAAAUGCAAUCAGGUGGUGCCAUGUGAUUGGCUGAUUAGAUAUUUGUCUUAAGAAGCAGUUGACCAAGUGUACUCAAUAAUGUGGCCAGUGAAUGUAUAUUAUGUCACAGUGGAGGAUGCUCAAAUUUAGUCUUAUGCCUUGUCCCUAAUAGGAUCUACUCGGGGACACGACUCUGGCUUUGAGCACACAAACCCUUACUCAGGCUGCAUUCAAAUCUUCUGGAUGUGAGGUUCAGCCAAUCAAACAAGGCUGACUUAAAGCAGCUGCAGUUUUUUGUCAUGUCUCUUUUGAAUUGUGAAAAAACAAGACCAAGGCCAAGUGUAAGAUAAGUGCUAUUAGUUUUUUUUAAAUCAUUUUUAACUGUGAAUCAUGCUAAGCUGCAUUAGUGCAAUCUAAGAAUAAAACCAUGCAACUAGAAAAAAGCGUUUUAAUAAGUUGCCUUCAAAUAUAUGUCUGAAUAAAUGGCCUUAUAUGAUGUUUUUGGAGGUUCAUGACCUGCAUAGGUGGUGUAAGCAGCCAACGUAUCAUAGCAAAUGGUUUCCAAAAAGUCUAUACUUACGCACAGAAUAGAUUUUAGUAGGUUCAGUCUGAUAUUUUCCUGCACAAACUGGAUCGGGCAAGUUUAGUUCAGUUUGAGUGAAAACCAAAGAUUUCAGAGUGCAGUGAUGGGAAAAGGACCAAAUCAUUUACAGACUACCUUAAUAUCUGCCUGAGAGACUACAUUGAUGAUCCUAUCAGGGAUUUUGUAAAAAUUUAAAGCAGAUUUACAAUUAUUUUGUAAUGCCUUAAUCAGGUUUUUAAAUAAA